AUGCCUCCCAAGCGACCCGGGUCACCCUCAGCAGCAGGUCCGUCCGAUGCCAAGCGGCAGAUGACAUCUUCAGAUGUCAUCCUCGACCUUUCACUUACGAUAACCAUCGCUGACGAGGAUUCUGAUGAUCCUCUGAGGUAUCUACCGGCUCGCAUUUCUGAUGAAAGCAGCACUCGCCCUGUUCAGAUCCGACCCAUCCCUGCCACGAACAACAGGGCCACCCUCACAAAAGAGCAGUGGAAGGUGGGUACCCUGUGGCCCAAGGGGGGCAAGAGGGCGUAUUUUCGGGAGUCUGCACGUUUCAAGCGCCCCGAGAUCAGUCAACCGACAAACCUGCAAGAUCUUGUUCACCAGCACGAGGCCAAAAAGAACAAUCGGCUCUCCGGUGUUACCUUUCUGAACCCCUACGACGACUCAAAGUUAUCGUGGGUUGCUGGUCUUAUCGGAUUUGACAACACUCAUCAACUCAACACAUGGCUUGAUCGAGAUGUUGCACGGGUUAAGUUGCCAACUCUUCCAAACAUCGUGAAGGAAAUUUCCAACGUCCGAACCCGUUACCCCUACCUCCGUGGGGAAUUGGACAGGAACCCCGGAGUUGUGGUUCGGAACCGCGGCCCCGUCUCUGUACAGGCACUGGAUACCAUUGCCCACCAUCAAGCGGACAGCAGUUUAUCCUACGUGGCCGUUCUGUAUCGGCUCCUCACGUCAUUUCCUCAAAGGUUUCCUGAGGACCCUGACCAAAACAACAGCAAGAUCUGGGGUUUUACGCACAACAACUGGCAGGCGGCGUUGUGUGUGUUCAGAGCCUUCAAGAAAAGGCGAAGCACUGCCAUGAAACUGGACAGAAGCCCUAGCGAGAGGGCCAAUCUGUGCGCUGUGUGGUACGGAACCAUCGCUGAGCAAAGCACACUUGGGCUCGAAGACAUGAACAGUCUCACAACCGAAGCUCAAAAUGCGGUCAACGACAUGAACUUUGCUCAGUCCCACGAAGGAUGCGGCAUGGACGCUUCGGAAUCCGAGCUUGCAACGCUCGCAACCGCCGACGAUAUCAUCAGCAGAUGCCCAGGUCUUGCACAAAAGUACAACAUCACACCCGGCCAAGGGUUGCAAGAUGUGCAACUGGCUCUGGGAUCUACCAUCACUGAAUGUAUCGUCAAGGUGUUGACCAAGCUCAGCCCAAGGCCAGACAUCACCGACCACAUCUUCAAGCGCACGGGCUCAAAGCCUAUUCCCAUGACCAGCACGCAGAAAAGUCUUCUCAUGAACGCCCUCCUCGGACUUGCAAAUGUCCAGAACAACAGUGCCUCUUCAACUCCACCACCCGUAGGGGUGUCCAAUAACAUCACAUCGGUCGCAAACGCCGCGUAUUGGGAUACAAUUACGCAUGUCAACCACGAAAUGCGGGCCAGGUCAGAGGAUGCUGGUGCAGGUGAAGGGGAAGAUGUACCUGGGCCAGAAGAAUCUGACACGGGUGAUGAGGCACAGGGUGACGAUGAAAUGGACCAAGUUCGCCGGUCGGUUCUGUUGAUCAACACUUUAUCUCCUGAGCAGGAGAACCUUGACUACAUCUGUCAACAAAUCGGUAUCCCAGACUGGAGAAAUCUGCGCAUGAGUUGUAUGGUGCCAGAUGCCCCUGCGGCGAAACCGCGUCAAAUUGUUGGUGCUUGGUGGAUCUACCAACGUCUAACACCUCCUCUUCGUGCUGCGAUUCUCGCUGAUGAGUGUGGAAUCGGAAAAACACUUCAGAUUGGCCUUGCUCUGGCCAUCGACUGUUUUCGGACUGGACGGGCUAUCGUCGACGGUACGCGAAAUGUUGCACCCGGUGAACGUCAUUUCAAGCCUAGUGUCAUCUUCUGCCCCGGCGUCGUCGUUCCGCAAACUUUCAGGGAGUUCCGCAAGUGGUUUGGGCCCUUCUUCGACAUCAAGGUCGCAUACGGGAAUCUCAGCAACCGACCCGAUCCUGCGCUGGAGGGCUCCAUCCUGAACAAUGCCGAGGAGGUGCAGGAGUGGGUUAACGAGUGCGAGCGUAAACAAGGACAUCCAACGACGAUGAGAAAGCUGCUCCUUACGUCGUAUACCACCGCCGUUUUCCGCAUGAUUCAUCGAGAAAAGACCAAGCUGGUCAACAGAGAGGACCUACCACAACUCGUUGAUGAUGAAGAGAACCGGAUUUAUGGAAACGCCACCACUCACGAUACUUCAUUGACCGAUUCGACCAAUAUCCCUGAGGUAGUGGGGGAUCCGAACAAUAAUGACAUCGCCCAACAUGAACCAGUCCGCCUGUCAAUGCCGAAUGCCCAGUUUAACUUCAUCAUAUGCGACGAAGGCCACCUGGUGAAGAAUCCCAAUUCGGUCACCCACAAGUUGAUCAAGACGCUUCACCACGAAGCACUUCUCAUCGUAUCUGCAACCCCGAUCCUCAACCAUGUCAAGGAUUUCGACGGUUACAUCAACUUGAUGUGGCAGCACUUCUGGGGCUUCAAGUUCAAAGUGGGAAGUGAACUCAAGGCAGAGUCAUUCUACAACAAUGAUGCCUGGGAAGCGAUCAAACAGGGUGAAAAUGGGCAGCCCUUGACUUUGGAUCUUUGCCUGAAUGGUAACGGCGACGAAACUUUGUCGAGCGGCACAAUAUCACCACGUGCUCAACGACUUCGGGCAGAGUAUGUGAGCUUUGUCACAUCUGGUCAAGCCCCUCUAUUCCGUCUCAACCCCAUUCUUUUCCAGGCCUACUCCAAAGAUGUCAAUGACGACGGAGCUGUGGCAGAAAAGGCGAUCAAGCCGCUACUGGAGAUGAUUUGCCUGCGUCGAGGCAUGUUGUCAGAACUCACUUUACCUGACGGAACCAUCACUUCUCCUGGGGAUGAGAUGCCUUCUCGUAUGCCCCGACUCAUUCAGCUCCAGCACAGUGCAGCAGAGCAACAGCGAGUGUCAGGGUUGACCAAAAAACACGUCGAUGACCUGUUAAUUGAUGGCCGCGACAAGUAUGGUAAGCACAUUGGACAUACUGUUGUGCAGUCCAAGAAGCGAGUUCUGGUCAAUUCCGCCGUUCUCCGUGCACUCGCUCUUUUGAUGACGCAUCCGAAGUUCUACUUGCUGACCCAGGCGAAUAUGCGGAACACGACGUUGCUCAGCAUGAUGGCAGCUCGUCAACUAUUUGAAGACAAGUUCAAAGAAAAGAAGCCCGAGGAACUCAACGAUGCUGAUCGGGAGGUGCUCAGAAAUCUCGCAUCGGACGCCGAAUCUGCUGCAAGGGCUCUAGUUGAGGGACCUGAGCGAGUAUUUGGUGGUGUGGACGAGGUCAAUUCCCUCAUCCAGAAUGAUAGGACUGGAGGACUUCAGUGGUUCUUCUACCUUACGCGUCCAGAUGGGAGUGUUUCAAUGCCAAGGGACCGACUUGACAUGGCAAAGAUGAUCUGCUACGGAAGCCCAAAGUUGGCUUGGACAGUUCAGAGGGUACUUCAGCUCAACGACGAGGGAAAAAGAGUGCUGAUCUACGUCAACCAUCCCCUGACUCUCAUGAUCCUCAACGCCCUUCUCACCUACCUUGGUGUCAAAUCACUCCACAUUCGUAGCGCUCACCCCAUGGCUGAGCGUGUCAAGGCCAUCCAAGCAUUCAACAACCCCAACGAAGAUGUGGGAGCCCUCAUCACAACCUUCCAACUCGCAGGAUUUGGUAUUAACCUCCAUGGAGCCUGUCACCAUGGAAUAAUUGUUGAGUACCCUCAAAACCUUUCAACGAUCUUGCACGCCAUUGGUCGACUUUGGCGACUAGGGCAGACCAACAGUGUUAAACCGGACAUCCUAUACCAACGAAACUCCUUCGAUGCCUACCAAAUUUCUCGCAUGGCACAAAAGCACGCUCCCAUUGUCGCCGCGGAAGGGUACAUUCCAUCCGAGAUACAGGGUAAAAACCGACUGAUUUGUGCCUACGAGAUCAUUUCCAUGUGGCUGGAGCUCACAUCGAACUGGUACCCCAGAGCGCCUGGGCAUCAACUGACGAUGGACCACAUUGACGGAAAGGUGCCGCCGGUGGAGAAUGGUGUUGUUCUUGGAAGCUUGGGUGAGGAAACCGAAGCUCCUGGUGACGAGGAUGAGAAGUUUGAGGGCGGGGGUGACGAAAUUGACGUCGAUGCGGUUAUGAUUGAGGAUGAAGAUGAGGGGAUCAACAACGGAGGUGUCGCUAGAGACUUCAAGAUUGCGAUGGUCGGAAGGGUCGUGAUCGAUCCGCAAGAGGUUCUCGCCACACCUACCACAGCGCAGCAAGGCAGGGGCUACUGGUCUUCGUGUUCACAGGCAGAUAACCUUUCAGUUGUUGAAAGCCCCGUCAAGGCAGCCAUGUGA